AUGGACGUUUCGGGUUCGUCUGGGUGCAAGUGGGCCUCAGUGCGGACCGGUGUGGACUUGUCUGGGUGCAAGUGGGCCUCAGUACAAGUGGUGAGGAUCUCCAGUGUUGCGGCCUUGCGAGGUCGGGUUUUUGUGGUCUUUGUGACGUUUGUUUUGGGAUUCGAGGACGAAUCCAGUUUAGUGGGGGAGAAUUGUAACAUCCGUAGACCAAAGAAUUGGGAUUUUUCUUUAGUGUCGGUCGACACCAGGGUGGUGUCGGUCGACACCAAUGGUUAA